UUUGAUGACGUUGCAUUUGGUGGACGUGUUGACUUCCUGUGUCUUGGUCUGUUUAAUUCAAAAUCUUAUAUCAACAUAAUUUAUCUGUAAAGCAACGUUUUAAGAUGACAAAUUCAGAUGCAGACACGACGACGCUUUGCCUGUUUGAUGUUGACGGGACUUUAACAGCAGCUCGGCAAAGAGUGACCCCACGCAUGCACAAGUUCUUGACCAAACUAAGACAACGGGUGAGAGUUGGAGUUGUUGGAGGGUCAGACUUGAUCAAAAUCAAAGAGCAGCUGGGUGAUGAUGUAAUUAAUUGUGUGGAUUAUGUCUUCGCUGAGAACGGUCUGGUCGCCUACAGAUUUGGGCAGCUACACUCUGUGCAGAGUAUUCAAGCAUACCUAGGGGAGGAGCUUUUACAGGAUUUCAUCAACUUCUGCUUAAAUUACAUGGCUAAGAUUAAACUGCCCAAGAAAAGGGGUACAUUUAUUGAGUUUCGGAAUGGAAUGCUCAACGUUUCUCCGAUUGGCCGAAGCUGCAGCCAGCAAGAGCGAAUUGAAUUCUUUGAGCUUGACAAGAAAGAAAAGAUUCGCGAGCAGUUUGUGGCUGUUUUACGAGAAGAAUUUGCUGGGAAAGGACUUGUUUUUUCCAUCGGAGGACAGAUCAGCUUUGAUGUAUUUCCAGAAGGCUGGGAUAAGCGAUAUUGUUUGGGUAUCGUAGAGAAGGAUUCAUACCAAACCAUCCACUUCUUUGGUGACAAAACCAAGCCAGGAGGAAACGAUUAUGAGAUCUAUACAGACCCCCGGACGAUCGGCCAUGAGGUGGCGUCGCCAGAUGACACGCAGCAGAUUUGUGAGAAGCUCUUUUUCAGCUGAGUUUUCCUGUGUAUAACCUCUAACUUCAGCAUUCUCCUGCUGUAUCAAGGAACUGUGAUCUUUGAGGCUGUACUGUAUUGAACACUCACUAUGAGCCAAACUUGUCUCAUUACUAAAGAUGUCAGGAGCUGUAAGCAAUUUCUGGGGGGGGGGGGGGUUAUUUUUUAUUUUUUAAACCUCUAAUUAAGCAGUUAAUCUACAAAUAAUAUAAGGAAAAUUUGGUUGUGAGGAUCAUUUCAACUCUAGUCUUUCAAGACUUAAAUGGUUUCCUAAUGAAGUCUUGUACAUCCACAUGUACUAUAAAUCAGGACUAGAGAAGAACCUUCCUUUUAACUUGUAUGUUUGGAUCACUACAUUUAAAGGAAAAAAUGAGUUGGAAUAGCUGGGAUGUUUAACAGGGGACUCAUUUUGUGCAGCAAGGCAAUCUUGGUUUGGUUGUAUGUUCCUCGUCAUGCUUCAAAUCAUCGCUCAUCAAAUGGUAUCAAGGUUUCAGACAGGUCUCAGAAGAGGAGUCAGCAUAGUGCUGCUGCAGUAUUGAGUCCAUGCAUACUUUUUGUGUUUAAAUCCAUUGGCAGGACCCCUAGAACAAUGGAUCGGGCAGUAUUGGGUGCUGUAAAAGGGAGGUGGCUGGGGUUAUUUCCCUAACUGACAGAGCUGUGAUAGCAAAUACCAUAAGUAUGCAUCUUAAACUUAUAAAUGGUUAGUUUGUCGCUGUGUAGGAAUAAAUUAUGUUGUAUGUUUGAAGGUAUUAAAAUGGUUUUACAUAUGCCUAAAUUGUCUUAAAAGCUUAAAUCAUUUUAAGGUAUAUGAUAAAUGUAGAGUUGUGAUGUGGGAAAAUAUGUUGAAUGUCACUGUACAGUAAGCCACCAAAAGCCAGACUAUUUUACUGUUAUCCCCAUAAGGUCCUGGUCAAGAAUGGACACUCAUUCAUGCAGAAUAAUUAGACUUUUAAAUUCUUUUUAUAUCCUUACUGUUUUAUCAGCUUGGGGUUUUGGGGUUAGUUUCACAAUUGGUUGUGGUGGAUCAGGCUAUUUUAGAGGAUGAGGUGUAGAUGAUGUACGUAGGUGAUGGGUAUGUUUCAAUCUUAUGGAAUAACUUAUGGUAUAGGUUGUUAAAGGGCUGGUCCUAUGUACCUAUUGAUUUUAUGCAUAUGUAUGAAUUAAAAUUGUGUGCAUUCAUUACUCACAGCUGUGUCAGAACACUACAAAAUAAGUCACUGAUAAACAUCUGAACCAUU